GAAAUUCACAGAUUAAUGACCUGCAGCAUUUGUAAUCAGGAAUUCCAGACGAUGUACGCUAUUACGAGACACAUGCAUCGCUCACACAGCAGUGUCUCUAUAUCGUGCACUAUCUGCAAAUGCGAAUUUGGUAAUUCUACAGCGUUGAGAUCGCACAACAAACACGUUCAUUUGAAGUCGGGUUUCCAGUGUGGCAUCUGCGGGAGACGAGAUAUCUUCAGUGUGAUUGAGCUGGAAACACAUUUACGCCGACACAAAGAUAAACAACGCGUAUCAAGCAUGCAUGUUUGCACAACGUGCGGGCAGUGUUUCGAUAAGAAGCCUCAUUUGUCCGAACAUAUGAUCAGAUGUCACAAUAAAAUUAAUCCUUACAUAUGUCCGAUUUGCAAAAAGAGCUUCGAAAAACGUUCGAAUCAAAUACAACAUAUUCUCACGCACAUGCAUAAUGUAUAUGCGUGCGACAUCUGCGGAGCGAAAUUCCCGCGAAGAUCUUCUUUAAUAUGUCAUAGGAAAAUGCAUCCUGGACCGCUCGGGCCAUUGCCAAUUAUACCUAUAACGGGCAUUGUGAGCAAGUUUGUUAGAGAUUAUUUGAACAGUAACAAGGGUCUGUCAGAUCCUUAAUCGUAGAUUUGAUAUAAUUAAGUCUAAAAAGUAUUAGCGAAUAAUUUAUUUUAUUCGAAAUUGCUCUUUCUUUAGGAAAUAGGAUUUUUAUAAAGUAAAGAUAGACUCUUUCGCGAGAGUAAUUUUUCUAUAAGCGUUUUUAAUUAUGUCGUCGCAAAUUGCAGUUAUAAAAUAAG